CCGCCCCCGGUGCCCGGGCUGUAGAGCCCCCGCGGCGUGACGCGAGCACGGCAGCUCCGCCCCCUGCGUCUCUGGCCUCGCCGGCCUUGGGGGGGAUGGUUUCAUCAUGGCGUCUAUGCAGAAACGGUUGCAGAAAGAGCUGUUGGCUUUGCAAAAUGACCCACCUCCUGGGAUGACGUUAAAUGAAAAGAGUGUUCAGAAUUCAAUUACACAGUGGAUUGUAGACAUGGAAGGUGCACCAGGUACCUUAUAUGAAGGGGAAAAGUUUCAACUUCUAUUUAAAUUUAGUAGUAGAUAUCCUUUUGACUCUCCUCAGGUCAUGUUUACUGGUGAAAAUAUUCCUGUUCAUCCUCAUGUGUAUAGCAAUGGGCAUAUCUGUUUAUCCAUUCUAACGGAAGACUGGUCUCCAGCGCUUUCAGUCCAGUCAGUGUGUCUUAGCAUUAUUAGCAUGCUGUCCAGCUGCAAAGAAAAGAGACGACCACCAGAUAAUUCAUUUUAUGUUCGAACAUGUAACAAGAACCCAAAGAAAACAAAAUGGUGGUAUCAUGAUGAUACUUGUUGAUGCCACUGUUACCAUCCUCCUAUCAGAAGAUAGUCCUACUGAGAAAAUGAGCACUUUGAUCAUUCAGUCUUUGAACUUUAACCUUUGACUGGAAGUGACCUAUAGGCAAUGAAGACUACUUCCUUUUACUGCAUUUUUACUCGUGUGCAUUCUGGGCGCAUGUUGAUCGCUGGUUCAGUCCAGACAACUGACAUGCUUUUUACUAGUCAUGCAGUAUUAAUGCAGGUGUCAGGAAAUGUCAAAUAUAAUUCCAUUUUUUAUUUUUAUUUUUGUAAGCUUUUGGAAAAGUUCCAGGUCCUCAUGUAUCGUGCAAUAACAGUGAUUUCCUUGGCGGUUUUGGAACGUUCGUUGCCGGCAAUGGACGUGGUAACAGGAAAAAUUUUCAUUAAUUCGUGCCAUCCAAUGAUUAAUGCAUGAUAGGGCCUACGAAAUGAACUUAUCGGUUAUAGUGGGAUUAUAAAUAAAGUGAGGGAUCCAACAUUACUUUGAAAGUCACCCCAACUGCUUCUAUGUGGAUUCUAUGCACUGUGAUCCAGUGGUUAACAGCAUGAAUUAACAUGCGUCUUUAAGGACUGUAAUGAAAGAUCAUUGCAUAUUUAUUGAAUUGUUUAUAUCUGCUGUCAAAUUGUUUUGACAUGGAAGGUUUUCAAGUAACAUUGGCAGAGAGGUACAAUAUGUUAUCCCUAUGGUGAAAAUAAAUUCAUUUGUUGUAUAUAGUUCCUCAAUCUCUAAAGUAAAGGUGUGAAUAAUAUAGGACAUGAAUCGUUUAAUCAAGGCUUUAUUUUGGAAGUAAGGUAAAUGGCAGUGGUGAUUAAAUUGCUGCAGUCCAUACUUGGGCUUGUUAUUUGUACAUUCACAAAAUUUCUUGGUAGAUUACACUCUGUUACUUCCUGCUAGCCAUCAGCAUGAGCCCUACUGCCUAAACACUAUUUCAUUUAUUUAUAUUUGGGGAAUCCAUGAACAUUUUUAUUUGCAAUUUUGUUUCUUUUCUGUUUCAAGUUUGAGUGUUAUAAUACUUUAAUUGAAAAACUUUUGUCAAGUUUUUUCAUGUAAAAUUUCUUGUAUCAUCUUGUUCUUCAAUACUGUACCUUAAAAUAAGAAAUACAUUUUUGACAGAGGCUUAAUGUUUUAACAAAGGAGUGUGGACAUUUUUAUUUUGAAAUUUAGGGAAAAGUACACCGAAAGUUUGUUUAUUUGUAUCACACACCAUCCUGUUUUUUCUAAAGGAAUAUGCUUUUUUGUUGUUGUUGUUGUUAUUUGCUUACACCUAGAUAAUUUUUUUCUAUAGAAAAAGUUAUUGAAAGGUCCAGUUCUCAGUACCAUGUAAACUAAUGAUACUACAGCUAGAUUCUCUUUUUAAAGAGUGAUUAAUCUAUUUUAUAAAUUACCUUUUCACAUAUGCAAAAUCCGUUUCUACUACAAUGUUAUUUUUACUAAUGCCUGUUGUUGCACUCUUUUUGACAUAUCCUACAGUGAAUAUAUGAAUCAAUUUGGGCUUUAAAAUAAAAAUCAUUGGCUGGAAGUUUUCAAAUAUGUACCCCAGCAAAACUAUUCAUCAGUAAUCAGCAAAGAAUAUUUAAAGAAUUGUUUUUAAUCUCUGUAUAGAUGACAUUUUAUAGCUUUGUACAUGUUAAUUAAGGGCAUAUAAUUUUACAUUCUGAAGACAUAAUUGCUGAACUCAGGGGUGGGUAGACUUCAAAAAAUAUGUCUGCUGUAGAAAUAACUUGAAAAAAAAAAUCCACGGCCAGCCACCAAAUUGUGGGCACUGUUUAUACUGCUAGUUAGUAUCUAUCACUUUUUUAAAAUUAAAAACAUUUUUCUUCUAUCUUGACUAGAUAUGCUUAAGUUCUCAUAGUAGUGUCUAGUCUCAUAGUAGUGUCUAUACUAUUAGUUAGCCUGAUUGACCAAGAUAGGAAGUAUGUUUUGGAAUGCCUUAAGCUACUGUUCGUUUUUAACUGGUUUUUAGUAUGAAAACUGUAGUUAUCAAUCACAUACUUUUCAUAUUUUACACAGCUGCUCUAAACUACUGAUUGUGUUGGUCAUUUAUUGGGGUGGAAGUGGAGAAUCUUUACUCAUAGUCCUCUUACUAAAAUUCUUUUAUAAAGAAACUACCUGUGACAUGUUUUAAUCACCAAAGGAAUUAAUACGCCAGGUCAACGACUAUCAUUGCUGUUCUGUAGAUUAAUAGUUCAUAUGUAGCCUCAGUUGAGUUUUAGUAUGAACAACAGUAUUUUUCACAUACCUCUUUCUCUAUAUGGGGAUACCAUAAAAUAAAGUAAGUAGAUUGAAAGUAAAAGAAAACUAAUGUUGAUAACAUACUUUAUGGUUUAAAAAGAAAAAGCUAAGAUGAAAUGUCUUAAAAUGCAGAAACACCAACCAUUCAGAAUUUAUCAAGUGGCACCUUACUCACUAUCCCAUUGAACUUAGUAAUUAUUAAAUACUCCUUUCCACUUAGAUUUAAUUCAUUUUCAGUGUAAGUUAUUAAAAGACAUUUGCCCAAGUAAUUGCUCUAUAGAUAGCAAUUAAUUGCUUUAAUAAUAGAGUAUUUCUCUAAUGCACUAUUAAAUGUCAUCCAGAAUACCAAGAAAAUGUACAUAGGAACUUGCUAGUUCACUCUCCCGGUGUUUCUCUGUGAGGCAUUGUCUGCUUCAUAGGCCUACACAAUCAUACUUUUCACAUUUAGACAAUAUGUGCUCUCUUUUUAUUUAUUUAUUUAUUUAUUUUAAGGCCAUUCUUUGGUUUGCCAAAUUGUGUUUGGACAGUGGUACAUUCAAAUCCUUAUUUUGCAUGUUUAGAUAAUACACUUGGUACCCUUUAAAAAUUUAUGUCAAGUAGUAAUGCCAUAGAUUUUAAGUAGAAGUCAUUUUUAGGAUACAUUGGAAAAAAUUUAUAGUGUUCCUUUAAGGAAUUUAAUAUUCAUCUUCCAAGAACUUACUGGUAAUAUGUAAAUUAGGUUUAGCUAGCAAGGAAAUAGAGAAUUUUUAAUUUCUAGAAAAAAUAUUAAAAUUAUCUUUUAUAUAAAUAUUUCAACAGUUUGCCUGACAAAAGAUUUUAAUCCUUAUUUUCACUAGCUAUAAAAUAUUUGGUAUAAAGGACUUAGUGUAGUUAAGUUACUUUUCCCUCCUGAAAAUUUAAAUAUAUGCUAUUUAUAUAUAUCAUUAGACUCCAGACUACAAUGUGGAUAACAGCUUGUUCAGGUUCUAAAACAGGUAUCUAGUGAGUUCAGAAUUGUUCCCAGAUUACAUCAUAGAUGAUCUGACAAAAAUAUGAAAAUGAGUAGUGAUGCAAAAGCAAUAUGUAAGUACAUAUUACUUGUUUCUGGUAAUCAAGUCUUAUUUUUUUUAAAGCCUGCUGUUUUUAAGAAUUGAGAAACUUAAAACUUGUUAAAACUAAAAUAGAAUUCUAAGAAGAGGAGUUACUUGUGUGUUGAAAAAGUUUUAAAUAAAGAAUUCAGUGUCACUA